AUGUCAUUCUUGCUGAACUUCAAUUCGGACCUUCUCUUGUGGGUCGUUAUUCCAUCAUCGUUAUUGCUUCUGUUUUUCCUUGUUGUGGGCCUUCUACUGUUUGAGAGGUUUCUUUCCUAUCGGAAACUCUGCAAAAAGUAUCAACAUUUACCAGGCUACACUCAAUUCCUUCCUCCAGUGAUUGCAGCCUUUCUUCCGCAGUGGUGGUUACCGAAAGGAACCAUCAUCAAUCCUGCUGGAUUUUUCCUCAUGGACACCAUGAAGGCUUCUGCACAGCAGUUUCAAAGCGAUCACUAUAAGGUGAUUAUUGGAUUGAUCAAUUUGGCCUUUGUUGUUCAUACUAAUCCCGAGAUGGGAAAAGAAAUUGCCACGAAAGGAGCCAAACUGUACAAAAAGACUACUCAAACAAAACGUACCUUUGUAGAACUCUUCAAUGGGAGCAAUAUAUUUGCAGAGGAUGAUCCGAUGGUAGACCUUACGGAACGACAUGUUCCCUACUUGAAUGAAAACUUGAAGAGGAGAGAUGUCAUGUCCGAGUUUGCAAAACUCACCAUGGAUGUGAUUGGAAAAGCUGGCUUUUCGUAUCGAUUUGAUAGUUUCCAUUCAAGAGAAGAUACGCUCGAACAAAAGACCAACUUUUUCAUGCAAUAUGUGGAUGCUUUGAGAAUACUGCCCACUCGAUUUUUGAGAAAGCACUUCAAAGUGGGACUCUAUGCCAAGCUACAUGAUUCGGUAGAAUCUUUCCAACAUGUGAUUAUGGAUAUUAUUCGAAAGAGAGAGCUCGAAGAGAGUUCGUUGGAAAAUCGUGCUGAAAAGGAGGACAAGAGUGACGUCUUGUCAUUGUUAUUGCGUGACCGAAAAAGUAAGCAAGAGAGUAGCGGAGGAAGUCUCACGGAUGAUGAGUUGGUUUCUAAUGCGUUUGUCUUGCUUGUGGCAGGACAUGAGACGACUGCACGUACUCUUGGAUUUGCUUUCUAUUUACUUUGUAAAAAUCCACACAUUCAAAAAGAACUUCAUCAUUUUGUGGAUCAAUUUUGUGAAACCUAUCAAAAGGAAACUUUCGAUUAUGAAGACUUUCAUUCUGGAAGAUUGGAUAACAUCAAAGCAGUUUUUAGGGAAACUCUUCGAUUGUAUCCUGUGGCCAUUGGAAUUGUAAGGGAAUUGGUGAAGAAUAUUGAAUGGCACAAAAAAACAAUUCCAAAAGGAACUCUUUUAGUAUAUUCAUGGGUUCUUUCCAUGAUGAGUGAAGAACAUUGGGAGGAUCCAGAAUCUUUCAAGCCCACUCGAUUCCUGAAAAUGGAUUCAAAGAGUAAGGAUGAUCCAACACUUGGAGAAAUUUAUAAUCCCCAGUCGAAUCCAUUUAUUUAUACACCUUUUGGAAUUGGAGGAAGAAUAUGUAUUGGAAAAAGCUUUGCAGAAGUUGAAGGGGUAAUUACGUUGGCCUAUCUUGCAAGAAACUACUCAUUCCAAUUGUCAGAUCCAAAUUAUAAAUUAGAUGUGGACAUGAAAGUGACAUUGCGUCCAACUGAACCCAUACUCGUGGACUUUAAAAAGAGAUGA